AUGACUUUGUUUUCGUCUGCAUCCUCCUCUUUCACAAGGCGUAGUGUAUCCCUGGAUACCGUGGGAGUGGUAGUAACUCUUUCAGGAUGUGUAGGCUUGUUGGUGAAUGCCGAUCGACGAGGACGAGCGCCAUUGCGUGGUGCCGUGCCGGCACGAGAUGGAACUGCAGCCCAUCGAACAUUUACAGCCCAACAGUCUCGAGAAUUGGAGCGCAAGGGGUUUCUGAUUGUCGACAAUUUUCUGACACCACAACAAGUGGCAGAUGCUCGACAUGCCAUUCAACUCUUGGACGACAAGCGACAGUUCCGAGCCAGUCCGGAUUAUGAUGUGCCCGAUCAUCAUCAUGAUGACAAUGACACUAUUAUCUAUGAUGAAAUCAGCACGGAACCACGAACGCGAGAUCGAGCCCUGAUCAAUCGAACGGGAGUAUUGGAUCGCAUUGUGAGGCACUCCUUUUCGGAAUUUGCCACCUCGCUGGUCCACUCUGACUUUCAGGGUUUUCCAACACGUAAUGGCAAGGGCAAGGAUGCCUAUCGAACGAGUAUCUUGUACAUGCCCGCACAAAUGCAAGUCAACAUUUGUGGUGGAACAACAGAAGAAGAAGACACUGCCAAAGCUGUGGCUAUUACAAAAGCAUCAACGUACAAUUUUUAUCACAAGCACUUGGACUCCGCGGGUGCCACUCAUUUGGGAGAAUUGGGCUUGAUUGGAUGGCUUCGUUCGCAACACUUGCGGGAACGGUACCUUACGUGCAUUGUGUACUUGAAUCCAGACUGGAAAGAAGGGGAUGGUGGAUGUCUCCGGAUGUAUGACUCCCCAGAUCAGCAGAAACAAGACGAUUCCUAUCUGGAUAUACAACCACUAUCGGGACGAAUGGUGAUAUUUUCUUCAUCGGCACAAGUACACGCCGUUUUGGCAACCAAGGCACAACGCUAUGCAUGUGCCGUUUGGUUGGCACUCAAAGACAAAUGA